AUGACAAGAUGCAAAAUAGUAGUAAGAUCACAAAACGUUCUACCAAAUAAUGUAAAUUUGGCAUUUACAACAUCUCAGAGCGAGAUGCGUGCUACUUGGUACACAGUAAAUCAGACUGUUGGUGCCGUUCGUUUUUCAAGCCAACAAUUUUCAGCAGACACUGCAGAUUCAGUAGACAUGUCAUUGUCUCCAUCUACCUUUACAGAGUACGGUGAAUUCCCAGGAUGGAGUGGAUUCGUCAACACUGCCGUCAUGUCAAAUUUGAAUGCUCUCCAACAAUAUUUCUAUCAAGUAGGUGACUCUCAACAAAACCUCUGGUCACCAGUCUAUAACUUUACCACUGGUGCUGGUGCCACCACUUUCAAACCAUUCUCUUUCAACGUCUUUGGUGACAUGGGUGGAGGAGAUUACAUGGACACUGUACACAAUCUUUUAGAGAAUACCAACAGAUUCGAUUGGACUUUACAUGUUGGUGACAUUGCUUAUGCAGAUUAUUCAGAAAAAGAUUUGGAAUCAGGAAAUACCAAGUCACACUCUCACUCACAUUCACAUGUUGAAGGUGGACUUCAAUCUGGAAUGCUUGGAAAUAUGACUGUUUGGAAUGAAUUUAUGAAAUCGAUUACACCAUUGUCAUCGAUGCAAUCCUACAUGGUAUGCAUUGGAAACCAUGAUGUUUUCUACAAUAAAUCUGCCUACUCUGCCUCUUGGUUGAUGCCAAGUGAAUCACCUGCUCAAACUUGGUAUGCCUUUGACUACAAUGGUGUCCACUUUGUUGCAAUCUCAACAGAGAAUUCCUAUACCUACGGUUCGGAACAAUACACCUGGUUGGAGAACCACUUGCAACAAUUCCGUGAGUCCAACCCAGACACUUGGCUAAUUGCCUAUGCCCAUCGUCCAUUCUACUGCACUUCGAUCAUCAUGCAAUGGUGUUACGGUAACCACACAGGUGCACUUUUCAACACUUACGAUCCACUCUUCCAGAAAUACAACGUUGACAUUUUCAUUGCUGGACAUACACAUGCCUACGAGCGUACCUAUCCAGUCUAUGAAAACAAAGUUAUGGGAUCAUUCGAAGAGCCAAAGGGUACCGUUUAUAUUGCUGUAGGUGUCGGUGGAAAUUGGGAAGGAUUGGAUCCACUUUUCGACCCAUUCAAGCCAGAAUGGAGUGCUCAUCGUCAUACCUACCUUGGAUAUGGUAUUUUGAAUGUCGUCAAUCAGACUCAUAUCAACUGGGAAUUCAACAGAGCCAUCGAUAACAAAGUAUCUGAUUCAUUCUGGAUGAAUAAAGGAACUUUUUUAAAUUAUUACAUUUAUUUAUAUAUUAAUACAAAUUGUUUUUCCCAAUUAAAUAAUACAAUCAAUAUAUGA